AUGAAAAAACUGAGCGAAAAUUUUCACGAAAUUUAUGAGAACCAAAACAGUUCAUCCUCUGAAAAUUGUUCUACCGAGGAUAGAGACACCAUGGAUUGUCCGUAUAUGGAAAAGAGGAAGAAGAGGAAGAAGAAGAGCAUAAUGCUAUUGGAAAGCUCGAAAAAGGGUUCUUCAAGAAAGCCUAGAAGUGUCAAAUCCAAGGAUAAACAAGUGUGCACAAAAAAUUCCAAGAAAUCAAGAAGCGUCUCAAGAAAGAGGACCCGACAAACUGACUUAUACGAUGAUAUCGAGUCCAAAUUUUCGGUCAUGGAGCGUGCGGAUAGAGUGCUUGCACGUCUAGAAAGCGAGCUCGAACUCCCGUUUUUCUUGAAGUGUAUGCUCCCCUCAAAUGUCUCUCAUGGAUUCUGGCUGCAUCUACCGAAAAAAUUCUGCAGUCUUCAUUUGCCGAAUCACGACACGUCUAUAAUUUUAGUGGACGAAUGGGGAAAUGAGUACAAAACAUCGUAUCUUCUCGAGAGGCAUGGUUUGAGUGCCGGGUGGAGAGGCUUCUCUAUUGCUCACAGACUAUUAAAAGGCGACAUACUCAUUUUCCAUUUGACAGCACCUUGUAGAUUACAGGUGCACAUUGUGAGAGUGCACGGCUCGGAUGUCGUUAGUGCAGCUCUUUGCCUCAUGGAAUUGGAUGCUUUUGGAAGAGGAGAAGAUGCUGAUCUUGAGAAGAAGGAUAAAAAGAAGCGUAAAAGAACAACAAAGUAUGUGGAGCCUUUCCUGCCCGAUAUCUCGACACUCUCGGAGAAUGGCAAAGGAAAAAACGUGCUCGAUCAGUUCACGAGUAAUGCCAAUGGUUUUAGCUCCGAAUUUAUACAAGAUUCCGAAACAGCUGUUCGACCACAAUCUAAGAACGCCAUUUACUAUCCUGAUCCUUCGUUUUUGCACGAACAUUCCUUUGAAGGUGUCGUCUGUCGGUAG